GCCUCACUACUCCUUAAGCCAGUCUCUUUCCUGUCCUCCCAAAACAAGAAUGAUCCAUUUCAACAGCGGAUGACUGAAUGCCAACACCAUCUUUCUAUUGGGAGUGAUGGUGAGUGAAUGGAGAUGCCCUGCCAUGGGCAGUGUCCAGGGGCCAAGAAGAACUAAGGCCUUCUGGGAAAUGCUGUGAAGCCCUCUACACCGUCCCCUCUGCUGCUCUUUCUCCAUCUCUGCAGCUGGCAGGUGUGACUCUGUUCCUGAGGGACCCCAGUGGCAGAGAUGCGAGCUGGUACCUUGUCCAAGUGUGUGUGACUAUGUCUGUGUCCAGAGGUGGCCACCUGUGGGGAUGUGCACCUGCCAAUCCCCCUCAGCGGAGCAGAGGAGGUGACCUGGAGGAGGCCCAAGGCUUCAGAGCACCAGCAUGGCCUCAGCUGCCUCUGUGACCAGCCUGGCUGAUGAGGUCAACUGCCCCAUCUGCCAAGGUACUCUGAAGGAACCGGUCACCAUCGACUGUGGUCACAAUUUCUGCCGGGGCUGCCUCACUCGUUACUGUGAGAUCCCAGCCCCAGAGUCUGAGGAGUCCCUCACCUGCCCCCUGUGCAAGGAGCCUUUCCGCCCAGGGGGCUUCAGGCCCAAUUGGCAGCUGGCCAAUGUGGUGGAGAACAUUGAGCGCCUCCAGCUGGUGUCCACGCUGGGCCCGGGGGAGGAGGACAUCUGCUCGGAGCACAGGGAGAAGGUCUACUUCUUCUGUGAAGAUGAUGAGGCGCACCUGUGCGUGGUGUGUCGCGAGGCCGGGGAACAUGGAACCCACACUGUGCGCUUCUUGGAGGACGCAGCCGGUCCCUACAGGGAACAAAUACACAAGUGUCUUAUGAGUCUAAGAAAAGAGAGAGAAGCGAUUCAAGAAAUCCAAUCAAGAGAAAGCAAAAGGAUCCAAGUCCUCCUGACUCAGGUGGCUACUAAGCGACAACAGGUGAUCUCUGAGUUUGCACACCUGAGCCGAUUCCUGGAGGAACAGCAGGGCAUUCUCUUAGCACAGCUAGAGAGGCUGGAUGGAGACAUCUUGAAACAACAGGAGGAGUUUGAUUUCCUGGUCUCUGGGGAGAUCUGCCGAUUUAGUGCCCUGAUUGAGGAGCUGGAGGAGAAGAACGAGAGGCCGGCAAGGGAGCUCCUGACGGACAUCAGGAGCACUCUAAUAAGAUGUGAAACUAGAAAAUGCCGGAAACCAGAGGCUGUGUCCCCUGAGCUGGGCCAGAGGAUCCGGGAUUUCCCCCAGCAGGCCAUCCCGCUGCAGAGGGAGAUGAAGAAGUUUCUGGAGAAACUCUGCUUUGAGUUGGACUAUGAGCCAGCUCACAUCUCUCUCGACCCUCAGACUUCCCACCCCAAGCUCCUUCUGUCUGAGGACCACCGGCGGGCUCGAUUCUCCUAUAAAUGGCAGAAUUCACCAGACAACCCCCAGCGUUUUGACCGGGCUACUUGUGUCCUGGCCCACAGGGGCUUCACAGGGGGGAGACACUCGUGGGUGGUAGGUGUGGACUUGUGCCACGGGGGCAGCUGCACCCUGGGUGUGGUGAGUGGGGAGGUGAGGAGGAAGGGGGAGCUUCGGCUGCGGCCAGAGGAGGGGGUGUGGGCGGUCAGGCUGGCCUGGGGCUUCGUCUCGGCGCUGGGCUCCUUCCCCACACGGCUGGCCCUGGAGGAGCAGCCCAGGAAGGUUCGCGUGUCUCUGGAUUACGAGGUCGGCUGGGUGACCUUUGCCAACGCUGUCACCCAGGAGCACAUCCAUACCUUCACCGCCUCCUUCACACGGGAGGUCUCGCCCUUCUUUGGGCUCUGGGGCCGAGGGUCCAGCUUCUCCCUGGAUUGCUGAAAGGGGUUAGAUACCCACAACUCACGUCCAGGCUGGGGUGGAUUUCACCCCUGCUUGGGUCACAGGGACAACUUGGGAGAGAACUGACUAUUCUGGACAAUGCAGUGGUGACUGAUGGGAAGGGAUUGGGAGAUGGGGAU